AUGCCAGAUAAGCUGAGACAUAAUAACUACUGUAGUGAUGUAAUGGACACUGGUUAUCUUUGGUGUUUCACAACAGAUCAAUCUACAAGAUGGGAGGCUUGUAGCGUUAGAAAUGAUAUCACAUUGUCAAGAGAGUGCAAUAUUGACAUAUACAAUAUCGGGAGACAGAAUGUGACAAUAUCAGGAAAAGUAUGUUUAAGUUGGAAAAAGUCUUAUGAUGACAGUUUUAAGAGUACUGACUAUGAUGUCUUGGCCAUGGACAACUACUGUCUUGACCCAUUUCACGACGGUUAUUCUUGGUGCUUUGUCAAGACAUCUUAUGUAACAAGAAACAUCAGUAGAGAUAUAUGCGAGACUGGAGAAGAUACAAAGAAUCAACAAAUGAACUAUGGCGGUAACGACAAAAUCGACUUUCACUGUGACAAUGGAAAGGUUGUGCCACACCACGCCAAGUGUAAUGGUAGAUUUGAAUGUGAAGAUCUAACUGAUGAAAACAGUUGCCAAAUGAACUAUACAGGACAUCCACUGUUGCCACCUUUCAAUAAGAGUGAAAAUAUACCAUCAUAUAAUUUCAUAGGGAUGUUCUUCGAAUGCAGCACUAACGAAUGGAUACACAUAAUUGCCGUCUGCGAUACAGUUAUAGAUUGUUUAGAUUCUUCAGAUGAAAAAUAUUGUGCCAGUUUGUCUGAUUCG